AUUUGAGAAGAAGGGGCUUUCCCAGCUCCCCCCUAAAUGCUGCCUUGGUUGGAGCACAUCUAAAAGGAAGGUUGUGCUGCUGCUGGAAUAUUUGGGGCUACAAGGAUUUUUAAUUUUUUGUUGUUGUUGUUGUUGUUUUUGCCCUCAUUGAGUUACUGAAUAAUUUGGAUGCUGUGAGUGGGAGCAGCUCAGCAGUGCAAAAAGUGAGAAAGACAUGGUGGCUGUGAAUGGAAUGUAGUGUUCAUGGUUGGAAAGAGAUUUCCACACAGGAGAGAGGUGCUCCAAAUGAGGUUUAGAUGAUCGCUGGGAGCUUUGUUACUCAGACAAGCCAAAUCGAAAGGAGCAGAUGCAACAGUCCCCCAGCAGAAGUACAAAGCCAGAUGGAUCUAGUCUUGCCUACCACCCACUCCUGAGCUGUGCUGUUUAUUGACAUUUGUCACUCCCAAGGACUUGUAUUUGAGCAGAAGAAUCAAAGAACCCGUGUGUGACAUCGUCAUGAAUGAGAGAAGAAAGUAAUACAGUGUUGGAGGUGCCUGUUUGCUGCCACUGUGCAGAGGGAAAAUGAGGCAUUAUGGGGACUCACUCGAAAGGAGUGAAUGAGAUGAACUGUUUGGGUUAUAGUAUCUGAAAGGCUAAAUUAUUCUCUUGGAGAGACGUUCUAAAUGAGCCUGACCGAGAUCCUGGAUCUGUGUGAAGAGGACUAAGGAUAUAGGAUGUCAACUGAGACAGAACUUCAAGUGGCUGUUAAAACCAGCACAAAGAAAGACUCCAAAAAGAAAGGUCAGGAUCGCAGCGAAGCCACUUUGAUAAAGAGGUUCAAAGGUGACGGUGUCCGCUACAAGGCCAAGCUGAUCGGGAUCGAUGAGGUUUCUGCUGCCCGAGGGGACAAGUUAUGCCAGGACUCCAUGAUGAAGCUCAAGGGAAUUGUUGCUGCGGCUCGAUCGAAAGGAGAACAUAAACAAAAAGUCUUCUUAACAGUUUCCUUUGGGGGAAUCAAAAUCUUUGAUGAAAAGACAGGGCUACUCCAGCAUCACCACGCAGUUCAUGAAAUUUCCUACAUUGCAAAGGAUAUCACAGACCACCGAGCGUUUGGAUACGUGUGUGGAAAGGAGGGAAAUCAUAGAUUUGUGGCAAUAAAAACAGCCCAGGCAGCUGAACCUGUAAUCCUGGACUUGCGAGACCUGUUUCAGCUCAUCUACGAACUGAAACAAAGGGAAGAAAUGGAAAAAAAGGCACAAAAGGACAAACAGUGUGAGCAGGCGGUAUACCAGACAAUUUUGGAAGAAGAUGUAGAAGAUCCUGUAUACCAGUACAUUGUGUUUGAGGCUGGACACGAGCCCAUCCGUGAGCCUGAAACGGAGGAAAACAUUUAUCAGGUUCCUACCAGCCAAAAGAAAGAAGGUGUUUAUGAUGUGCCAAAAAGUCAACCUGUAAGUCUGGAGAAUGGAAACUUAUUGCUGGACAUUGAUGAAAAUCUUGUUUCAGUCACUCAGGCUGUUACCCAACUAGAGCUUUUUGGGGACAUGUCCACUCCUCCUGAUGUAACCUCUCCCCCAACUCCUGCUACUCCAGGUGAUGCCUUUAUCCCAUCUUCAUCCCAGUCACUCCCUGCUAGUACAGACAUGUUUGGCUCUGUACCUUUCAGCACUGCUGCCGUACCCUCAGGUUAUGUUGCCAUGGGAGCUGUCCUGCCCUCCUUCUGGGGACAGCAACCACUCGUUCAACAGCAGUUGGCCAUGGGUGCCCAGCCUCCAGUCGCUCAGGUGAUGCAGGGAGGACAGCCCAUCGCGUGGGGCCAGCCCGGCAUCUUUCCUCCCACCCAGCAGCCGUGGCCAUCCGUGGCUGGCCAGUUCCAGCCCACUGCCUUCAUGCCAACACAAACUGUUUUGCCUUUACAAGCAGCCAUGUUUCAAGGUACCAUUGCUCCUAUAGCCACCGUCCCACCCACGAGCGAUUCCAACAGGUCGAGUCCGCAGACAGACAGGCCCAGACAGAAAAUGGGAAAAGAAAUGUUUAAAGAUUUCCAGAUGGCUCAGCCUCCACCAGUGCCAUCAAGAAAACCAGAUCAGCCUUCCCUCAGUUGUACCUCAGAGGCCUUCUCAAGUUACUUUAACAAAGUUGGGAUGGCACAGGAAGCAGAUGAUUGUGAUGACUUUGACAUCUCUCAGUUAAAUUUGACUCCUGUGACUUCCACGACACCAUCUACAAAUUCACCUCCAACCCCUGCACCCAGACAGAGUUCUCCAUCAAAAUCAUCAGCAUCUCAUACGAGUGACCCUGCUGCAGAUGACCUCUUUGAAGAGGGGUUUGAAAGCCCAAGCAAAAGUGAGGAGCCAGAGGCUCCUGAUGGGUCUCAGGCCUCCUCCAACAGUGAUCCCUUUGGUGAGCCAACUGGUGAUACUAUAAGUCCACAGGUCGGUAGCUAGAUAGCACAGGUUGGGGAAGCAGAGCCUCUCUACGCGCAGAUUAACAGACCUAAGAAAUAGCAUUGUUACAGGCUUGUGGUGCUCCAAGACUCAAACGAAACCCAACAACCUGGCGGGCCUUUGGCUUUCAUGCUUUUUUCCGAUUGAUUUUGUCUGACAAAGGAGAGAGUUUGCCCUCCUGGACUGGCUCUACGAGUGUUCCUGAUGUGGUUUUUUGGCAACCAAUGGCAGAUUCCUAUGGCAGCACAAAACAAAAACUCUCCCUGCUUCUCAUACCACGAGUGCAGCGCCGUCCCCACAAGUGGUGGGUAUCCAGACUAGGAAAUCCUACUCCUCGGCCUUCUUUUAAGCAUUUGCCACCUUCUGUGUGCCACCUAUAAAUAAUGAGCAUUUGAAAUUUAUUGGGCGUUAGACAUUCCUUUUUUUUGUUCUUUUCAGCAAAAAGCAGAGUCUGUAUGUAGCAGUGCAUUAUCAUUCAACAGCCUUUGGGGCACGAGUCGGCACUUUUUAUGUCACGGUGACAUGUUUUUCAUCUUCAUUUACAUCAGGCUGAUCCUGACCCUUUUUUUUCCCCUAUGUAGACAUAUUUAAACAACAACAACAAAAUACUGGUGGUGUCUUUUUUUUUUUUUCCUUUGUUAUUUUUUUUUUUUAAAUGUAUUUCUUACUCUGUAGUUUUGUAUGAGUGACAGAUCUAACAGCGAAACGCCUCCUGCGGAAAUGAUUCCCAACUUGAAACCACAGAACAGAACUCGGUUGUUUAUCCAUCCUUGACUGAAAAUGUUGCCAAAUGGACCUUUAAGUUCUAGCACAUCAUGAGGAAGAAAUGCUGCUUUCUGUUGGAAUACUCAUGUUGUGGGUAGAGAAAGGACAUCGAGUCCCACUGAGGAAAGACAAAAGAGUCAGUAUUUCCUAGGAAACUCUAAACAAAGUGCAGAAAAGGAAUAUUUUUAUUUCUUCAAUAUCUUGCUGCUGUAAUGCUAUGCAGACAAGUGUUUUCUUCUCUGUGUGCCAUUUUUGAUGAAAAAAAAUCAUUUGCCAAAUAAUACUGGUAUGCUUCUGGUUUAGGAGUUUGGAUGAAGUGGACUUGACAAAUGGGACGAGGACGGCAUGGAUUUUGGAAUAACAAACUGACUCUGUGAUCAAAAUUGUUCAUCUUUAUCACUUUUUGUACAUCAGAAAAAAUCAAAUGGGAUUUUUAUUUUAUAACUUGAAAAAAAAUCUUACUGUUAAACUCUUUAAAUGUUUAAGGGGAAAUGGCUUUAAGGAGUUCGAAUGAAAAUUGCCAUUUUUUUUGUAAAUAUAAAUGUUAUGAAAAUUCUUUUACUAAUGCCAUUACACAGUAGAGAAGGUAGCAAGUUGCAGUGCUUGGGAGGUGUGGCAAACCCAGUUUGUGGUUCUCACAUCACAUAUGUUUUUUCACAUGCUUAACAAUAAUGGGCUGAAGCUCAAGUGCAUUUGCCAAAAGCAGUCAGCUUGUCAGCAGCUAGUGAAAUUAAUGGGAACACAUGAUUUUAUGGUCCUGCAUUAUCACACAGACAUAAUUCCACUUACAACAGAUCACUUUCCAUUGACAUUCCUUUGAACCUCUGCAUAGAAGUCAUCCAACUGUUUACACGCAGAACAAAAAGAAUUUAAAACUUCCUUUUUUUACAUUUAUGAAGCAAAAAGUGCAGUGUUUGGGUUCAUAUGUUUAGCACAUGAUUUUCAUAAAGAAUCUAUAUAUUUUUGCCCUACAGAGAAUUGUUAUACAGGUCAAAUGUGUUUUCCUGAUGUUCCUAUGCAGUUACAGUAUAUUGAAUUUAGUGGUUUAACACUAAAAAGGAAAAAAAAAAGAAGAAAAAAAAAGAAAAAAAGGUAAAAGAAAUCAAAGGAUUAAUCAGUUUUUAGGGUUUUUGUGCAGAUUUUGUUUUUAAAUUGACACAUUAGGAUUUACAUUUUUGUCAUGAUUAAAAUAGGCCUGGAGUUAUAAAUGUUUUACUUUCUUUCAUCUCUAUUAUAAGCUAAAAAUGGUUUAGAAGGCAGAAUAACUGGGGUGGUGAUUGUUGGUAUCCAAAUCUCACAACACGAUCCCAUUCUUUUAUUUUGAAUUAGAGAAAUUAGAGAAAUGUGCGUUGCAGAAUGUAUGUGAAUGAGAAAUUAGCUGUGAAUAGACCUAAUGAACCUGCAGAGAGGAGAAUUUUAUCCCCAUCCACGGUCAUUUGAUGCUUGUUCCUUAGUCAUGUGCAAAGAGCUUUGUAGCAAAUCUUGUUUUCCCAUUGGAAGAUCAAGUUUUCUAACUGGAGGAGAUAAUUUAAAACUUGGUGGAUCGAGUGUUUCAGGAUGAAAAGCAGAGGUAAAAGUGUUUCUGGAGGACACUUCUGUCAGAGUAUUUUCCUGAUUUGCACAGUGGUGCUACUUUCUUCCUCAGCAGCUUUUUUUUGGGUUUUGUCCUGCACAUGGAACCACAAACCCAGUUUUGGUUCAUCACAGGCAUUGGAGGUUUAGUGUCAUCAGUGCAUUUCCAGUUGUGGGGUGAAACAGAGAGGAGAGAAGAGCUUGAUGUCUCAGAGGAUCACAUUUGUAGCAAGCAGAUCACUCACGAACAGGUGCUGAGGGAAUGAGGCUGGAAUUCUGGUGUCUCUGGGCCAUCACCACGGACCUUUGUCUUACUUUUGCUCAUGAAUAAAAACAGAUUCUGGA